UUCAAAGUUCACACGCACCGACCACCGAGAGAGGGAAAGACUUCGUUGAUUUUCAGAAGUAAUUUUCUCCUCUCAAUUUCUAACUAUUUCCUGAAUUUUUCUCUUCACCUCUGAUUUUUAUUCUUCACUCGAUUCCCGCCAAUUUGUCUCCACCGUCUAUACACAGCGCAACCUCUCUCUUGACUCGCUUCCCUGUUUCAGAUCCCCUGUUUUUUUUCACGCAAAAUAUCUUCUAAAAUCAACAAAAAUUCGAAUUCUUCGUUCUUUUAUUCAAUCUUUUUUUUUUUUUCUUCUCAAUUUUUCUUGAAAUUGUGAAGAUGGAUGAGUUCGGUGUGUUAACGGAGCGUUUCGGUCUGAAGCCGCAAGGCAAAUCUGCUCCAAUGGCCGCAACAAAACGAUCCGCCGUACCCACCACGAACGGUCCGGCCCGAAAUUUUUCAUCCAAUUCGGGUCUGAACACAAAACCCUCUUCAUACAAUUCAAAUAACUUUAAUGGGGGGUUUCCUGAUGACAGUCUCUUUCAAUCAAACACCAACAACAACGGUUAUAGCGCCUUCAGCGACGACGUUUUUGGCCAAUUUCAAAACUCGAUGAGUAAAUUAAGUAAUGGGUCUUCAUUGGAUUACGAUUCUAUAUUCAAGGUAUCAAGUAAUUCCGGUCCGAAAUCUUAUGCGUAUGAUGAUGAUGAUGUUUUCGGGUUGAAUAAGAACAAAAACGAUGACGUUUUCGGGUCGUUUGCUUCGCCGCCGAAGCAGAAUGAUUUAGUUGAUGACUUGUUGGGGAGUGGUUUUGGUGGAGCUGAUACGAGAUCGAAAAAUUCGAAGCAAAAUGUGGGUGGUUUUGAUGAUUUGAUCCCUGGGUUUGGUGCCAGUAGUUCUCCAAAUAAUGGAACAAACGUAGGAGCCUCCAAAUCAGCCUUCAUGUCAGCAGAUGACCCUUUCGUUGUAUUAGAAGGAACUUCAACCGCAGCAUAUAAUUCCUCAGAUUCAUUCUCAGACCCACUGGAAGAGCUCGGUAAGCUCACUCAAUCUGGAGGCAGAAAGCCUGGUGUUUCAUCACCAAAAGUUUCACCAAUAUUGAAUCCCCCUCCAAAACCAUCUAAAGUUUUGAAGACAGAUCGAGGCGUAUCUUCAAUUGAUGAACUUGAAGAUUUUGCCAUGGGUAGGGUGCGAAAUAGUGCUGAUGGAAGCUCAGGUGUACGUCAUGCUAAGGCAAGCAAGGAUCAACGUAGCGCCAGGGCUAAUAAAUUUAAGGAAGCUGAAGAUGGUGCACGAAAAACCCAAAAAAAGAGUGGGGAUGAUCUAGAAUCCUUUUUUAGCAUGGGUUCUCGAUCAAGUAGUGCACCAAGGUCAAGGGCUACAACUUUGGACCCUGUCUUUGAUGCAAAAAUUAACAGGAGAGGACCUGAUGUGGCGCAGAGGACAUCUUCUGGGAGCUCACCAAACGUAAAGAAGGUUUCUUCAGCAACAAACUUGGUUGAUGACCUUUCUUCAAUGUUUGGUGCUGCCCCAUUAUUUGGAGAAUUUGAGGAAUAUGAAGGGGAAACCAAAGAAAGACGAAGAGCCAGAUUGGGACGUCACCAAAGGACCAAUGACCGUGUGGCUAAAGCAGUUGCUGAUAUGAACCAGCGUGACUUUCAAACUCAACAGGAACAAGAAGAGAGGAGUAGGAUUGCUGAUCUGUUGGAUUUUGACAUAAAGCGCUGGGCUGCAGGGAAAGAGGGCAAUAUGCGUGCACUAUUAUCAUCAUUGCAAUAUGUCCUUUGGCCAGAAUGCGGUUGGGAGCCAGUUUCACUGACAGAUCUCAUUACUUCUAACUCAGUUAAAAAAGUUUAUAGAAAGGCGACAUUAUGCAUUCAUCCUGAUAAGGUUCAACAGAAAGGUGCUACUAUUCAACAAAAAUAUACUGCAGAGAAGGUUUUUGAUAUUCUCAAGGAAGCGUGGAACAAGUUCAACAAGGAAGAACUUUCUUAAAAACCUUUGAUAAUUCAAACAUCUAUAUACCAAGCCACAGCCACAUCAUUCGGCAGUUAUGCUACCCUUUUGGGACGAAUCUGCAAGUCCUGUACUUGCUUGUGUUGCGAUGGACCCAACAUGAAUUUGUCUUCUGUGAAAAGUGAGAAAAAUUUCAGUAGAUACCCACGAAAUGCAUUGUAAAGAAAACUCUUUUUAUUUUUUUUAUGAUGGUGUAAAUGAUUCUGCAUCAUAGAAUAUUUAUGUUUUCUAAGCAUACACAAGAGGUCAAAAAGCAGCAUCUUCCUCGGUUAAAAUUUGAAUAGCCUAGAUAGUAAAAACUUUUAUUUUUUCUUGUAGUAGUUAGGCUGUGAGUGUAAUAUUCUUUUUAAUUAAAUUUGAAUAAUUAGAAACAUGUUUAUUGAUGUUGU